AUGAGUUAUGAAACUAGAGUAAUAAUGAAUUAUUAGUUUAAUACUUGUGACAUUAUUGGAAGAGGGUUUAGCUCCAUAGUGUAUAAGGGUAUCAAUACCAUUACAAAGGAGAAUGUGGCCAUUAAAGUUAUCAAGAGGCAGUUUUCAGAUCAAUUGCCACUUAUUCAGAAUGAAAUCCAGAUCCUUUCCAAGCUCCAGGGACGCAAUAUUUUAAAGCUUUACGAACACUUCACAACUCAGAACAAUAUAUACAUCAUCACUGAAUACUGUAGGUAAGGAGAUCUAGGGUAGAAAUUAAAGCAGUUUGGUUACUUGAGAUAAGAAUAUGCUGUCGCUAUUAUUCGAUAAAUCAUAGAUGGUAUUUAUGUGAUGGCUUAACAAAAUAUUAUACAUAGAGACUUAAAGCCACAGAACAUAUUAAUUAAUGAGGAUGGUAUUAAAAUAGCAGAUUUCGGAUUCGCAAAGCCCUUAAAUCAAUUAUAAAACGAAAUGAAUGUUGGCACUCCUCUCUACAUGAGUCCAGAAACCAUAAUCAAAUCCUAAUAUAAUGCCAAAAGUGAUAUCUGGAGUCUAGGAGUCCUCUUUUAUGAAGUUCUAUUUGGAUACCCCCCCUGGUAAGCAUAGACUGAAUAGGAAUUGAUUUUUAAGAUUCUCAACCAACGCAUUUCCUUUCCUGAUGUUCCCCCUGUCUCUGAAACUGUGAAGGACUUUAUCAAACAGUGUCUCAUUGUCGAUCCUUAUUUGAGGUUAGGAAUUACAGAACUCCUUAAACAUCCCUUGAUUAAAAGGACAACAAAAAAAGCUGAAAAAUUUGUGAGACCAACAGAUACUGAAAGCACUGAGUAAACCAUUAAAUCUGAAAUUCCCAACAGUUCUGAACCAUGGACUUCAAAUAGUUCCAAUAAGAAAUUAGUUUAUGUGAAUUGCAAGAACCCUUAGGUCAACGCGAUCUUGAAUAAGUAUUUGAACACCAAAAACAAUUAAGUAACUAAUAAUAACACAGUUACUAAAAAUUAGCCUUUGUUAGAUGAAAUCUCAUUGAUACUUCAAAGUCAGUUCUCUUUGUGCAUAUUUCUUAAUAAUAUUAUAUCAAAAUUAAAGGAUUUCAAAUUGAUCACACCUUUGCUAAAUGAGAAGUGCAGGAUUAUUUUUUCAAAGCAUCUCUAAAGUAUCAAGGAUACCAUCUAUAAAUAAUUGAUUGAAAGUGAUAAUAAAUUUAAAUUUAAAGAUUGGUAACUCUUUUGCAAAGAAAAUGCUUAUAGUCGAUUUAGUGCUAAAUUCUUAUUAGAAAAUAACUAAUUCACUAAAACAUGUUAAGAAUAUAAUCAGAUGAUUAAAUCUAAUAAAUCAUUGAUAAUUGAAUAUUAAAAAUAUGACUCAGAGUUCUAUUAAAUUUUGUUUGGAUUAGAAUGGAAGGUCAUAAAGAAGAUAAUCAAAAAUUUAAUCAUCGAAUUUAAUCACAUCAUUGCUUAAAAUAUCGAUACCAGUAAUUUAUGUAAUAAAAUCAACAAAUCAUAAUAAAUUGAGAUUUCCUUCUUAUAACAAUUAUAUUAUUAUUAUGAAAUAGUCGAUAAGUAUUACUUGAAAGAAUUUGAUGAGAAGAAAUUUGCUCAGGAGUCCAACAUUCAAUAGUAUAUGGUAGUAAAGGAAUUGAAAAUCUCAGAUUAUUUAGAAUCGAGAUAACUAAUAAAGAGACUAAUGAAGUCAUGA